GAGAGAGAGAGAGCUGCUCGGUGUGCGUGUGCGGGUCCGGAGCUGCGCGCGGACCCUCCUCUGAUGGAUCCCUGAUCCGGUCCACCAGUCCGGUCUCAGCUCCUUCCUGCGGUUCGCUCCGGUUCGGCCGCCACCAUGGGGUUCUACGGCACCCUGAAGCUCAUCUUCUACAAGAUGAAGAGGAAGUUGGACCAGGGUCCGGACGGCCGGACGUUCCCUUCAGGGAAGAAACACAAAGGCAGCGGCGUCCUCAGCCCCUCCAGUCUGGCUCAGGCCACGCCCACCACGUUCGGGGACCUCCGGCUGGCCAACGGGCAUUCGGCUCAGCGGCGGCGCGUCACCUCUGGCCCGCCUCCUUCUGGCCUCCAGGACUGGCUCCUCACCUUUCAGGCGUGGAGCGGUCCUGAGAGGCUCCUGGCUCUGGACGAGCUCAUCGACCGCUGCGAGUCCGGUCAGGUGAAGCACCUGAUGCAGGUCAUCGAGCCCCAGUUCCAGAGAGACUUCAUAUCGCUGCUGCCCAAAGAGCUCGCCCUGUACGUGCUGACCUUCCUGGAUCCCAGAGACCUGCUGCAGGCCGCCCAGACCUGCAGGUACUGGAGGAUCCUGGCUGAGGACAACCUGCUGUGGAGGGAGAAGUGCCGUGAAGAAGGUAUAUCAGAGUGUGUGGCACAUCGACGUAGAGAGUGCGUGCCACCAGGCGCUUCCCUCAGCCCAUGGAAGUCCGCCUACAUUAGACAGCAUCGCAUAGAAACCAACUGGAAGAAGGGCGACGAGCGGGAGCCCAUGGUGUUAAAAGGUCAUGACGAUCACGUCAUCACCUGCCUCCAGUUCAGCGGCGACCUGAUCGUCAGCGGCUCUGACGACAACACGCUCAAAGUCUGGUCAGCCAUCACUGGAAAGUGUCUGCGCACGCUGACAGGUCACACUGGCGGCGUGUGGUGCAGUCAGAUGACCGUUGCCAUGGUGAUCAGUGGCUCCACCGACCGGACACUGCGCGUGUGGGACGCCGAGAGCGGGGAGUGCGUCCACACGCUGCACGGACACACGUCCACCGUGCGCUGCCUGCAUCUCCACGGCAACAGGGUGGUGUCGGGCUCUCGGGACACGACGCUGCGAGUGUGGGACGUGUCGACGGGCCGCUGCGAGCACGUCCUGACGGGCCACGUGGCGGCGGUGCGCUGCGUUCAGUACGACGGGCGGCGCGUGGUGUCGGGCGGCUACGACUACAUGGUGAAGGUGUGGGACCCGGAGACGGAGGUGUGUCUGCACACGCUGCAGGGACACACCAACAGAGUUUACUCUCUGCAGUUUGACGGCGUGUUUGUGGUGAGCGGCUCGUUGGACACGUCCAUCAGAGUCUGGGACGCAGAGACAGGUGGGUGUCUUCAAACUCUGACCGGCCACCAGUCGCUGACGAGCGGCAUGGAGCUUCGUGACAACAUCCUGGUGUCCGGGAACGCCGACUCCACCGUGCGAGUGUGGGACAUACGGACAGGACAGUGUCUCCACACGCUGCAAGGCCCCAACAAACAUCAGUCGGCGGUGACUUGCCUGCAGUUCUGCAGAGGUCUGGUUCUGUCCAGCUCCGACGACGGGACGGUCAAACUGUGGGACCUGCGGACCGGAGCCUGGCUGCGGGACGUGGUGGCGCUGCAGAGUCGGGGAUCAGUGAAAUGAGCCAAGAACGGGGCCGAGGGGAUUCCCGGAGCCACAGAUACUCAGAUUUAUUUUAUUUUAUUUUUUGGACCAGAGUCCUGACUGAGUCCAGGUGUCUCCCAUCGGUCACGUGUGGCUGUUACGGGACGUUCUGAUUGGCUGGUGCAGACAGGUGAAUGAUGAACAGAGCGAAGGAGCCAGAGCUGUGGAUUCAGUGGUUUCCAUAGCAACAUGUGAACGUUUGUUCAGAGAUUACUCAGAGUCUGAAUGUAGCCGAGGACAUCGGCUGUUUUUGCUGCUGUACCAUGAAGGGGUGAUGAUGCUGAUGAUGCUGAACUGACCCAAAUCUAGAGAAUCCUGCGGUCCGGAGAGACGAGCGGCGGGGCGGAGCCUCGUCUCCUCUCAGCGUUCUGCUCAGACCAGAGUCUGUGUUUCCGUGUUCGCAGACGAUGCGCUCGUCUCCGCUGCCCAAUCUCUGGCCCCGCAGUGACGGAGGCGGAGGAAACGCUGUGCUCCCAUCAUGCUCUGGGGGUGGACUAACCUAAAAACCACGAGCAGAGCCGCACAUCUGCAACAGUUGGAGCUCCUCAGAACCAGAUGUUUAAAUGACGCAGCUGCAGAUUCUGUGGUUCUGCCCAAAGUGGAGACAACGAAGGAAAAAGAGCGAAGCUUUAGAGUUUUAUGAGCUCCGUUUAAAGUAUUUAACAGUAAAUACAC